UUCGUGGAAGACAAGCUUCUGGGAACGUUUCCUGGUUUUGAUAUUGACGUUACUAACCCAGUACAAUCCGGUUUACUUUCGUGAUUGAGUGACUACGCGUAAAUACAGGCAACCUUCCAUGGCUUCUGCUGCGCCAACAUUUUUAUCCACCAAAGAGACGACGAACUACGCUCGCCUGUGUCGGCUGAUGGUUGAUGUUGGCACCCAGGCUCUCCGAGACACUUUUGAUGCCAUUCAUACACCUACAAAUCUCCACAUAGUUUUGGCGGGAAAUAAAGCAACUUUACAGACACUGAGAACUAGGAAGGUCAUAAACGCAACGCAAUGGGGAAAGCUCUUUCCUGCCAUCUCUACAUCAGUGUCAUCGGCCCAAUUCGACAUUACACUUUUGAUGGUUCUGCUGCGAAACUUAUGCGGUUUAACUUCUCCUGCAACAGGCUGGGAUAAACUUCCUGCUGUGACAGACUUGAGUCGUGAAGCUGAUAUCGCUCGUGUCAAAUAUUACAGAAAUACCGUGUAUGGUCACGCCGAGCGCGCGUCAGUGGAUGAUGCAGCUUUCAAUGCAUACUGGGGCGACAUCCGGGACACUCUGGUGCGAUUGGGAGGAGUCAAGUACAAAACAGCUAUUGACAAGCUGGAAACUGAAGUCAUGGACCCUGAUCUUGAAGAUCACUACAAAGAAGUUCUCACACAAUGGAAGAAAGAUGAAGACAACGUGAAAGAUCAGCUGAAUGAAGUCAUCAAAAAGCUGGAUGAUUUGGAAAGCUCUGUCAAAGGAAAAGACUCAAAGGCCGAGGAAUUGCUACAUGAGUCCAUCAAGUGUAAAGAAAAAUAUCACGAAAAUGAGGCAGUGCAAUAUUAUUGUCAAGACUGCAACGUUUGUAUUUGCCAGAAAUGCAGUAUAUUGAUCCAUAAUCGACACGCCAUGGUGGACAUACAGCAGGCAGUUGAAGAACAAAAAAUGGAAAUGAAACAAGUCUUCGCUAGAGUCAAGGAACGAAUGGCUAUCGUGAACAAACAGAUAAUUGAGCAAACUGAGCUGAUGAGCAAAAGCGAAAAGGAAAUCUGCGCUGCCGAAAAGAAGGUGACAGAAAUUUCUGAGGAAAUCAUUCGAAUUGCGAGGGAACAUGAAACUGCCGCUAAGACAAAGCUGGAAGAAAUUAAGGCCUCACAACAAAUUAUUUACGCUAAGAAAUUGGAGGAAUUUCAGGUCUACGCAGAUCAGCUAAGAAAUUCAGUUGAAUGUGGCGAAGACAUCGUACAAAAAAAAGUCGGCCUCAAAAUUUUACAAGCAGGAAAUACUGUCGUUGCUCGAUGCGAGGAACUUUUAACUUCAAAGGAUAUCGAAAUUUUUAACCCACAACCGGUUAUCUAUCGUGUCAAUGCAGAAUCUCUAAACACUGUCAGACACUUAGUUCCGGGUCAAGUGAUCGCGAGCUACACUGAUCCUUCAAAAUCUGCAGCUGAAGGAAACGGUCUGCAAGAAGCUGAAAUUGGUGCUGAAAUUGGCUUCACUGUAACUACACGAGACUCGGAGGGGAAACUGUUUUAUGAUGAAGAAGACCGAGUGACUGUGAAAAUUCGCUCUCCUAAAGGCGAAGAUGGAGAAAUAAAACCUAAGCAUUAUCAAAAUGGUCACUACACAGUGCGUUAUGAGCCAAAGAGUAUUGGCUUGCAUGAGAUUGUUGUCGAAGUAAAUGGGAAGCCGCUGACUGGUAGUCCCUGGAGAGUUCAGGUGACUGCUCAUCAAUACAAGACUCUUCGUUCAUUUGGAUCACAUGGGAAAGGACCGGCAGAGUUUGUAGGACCAGGAAGCAUUGCAGUGAGUGAAAGAACAGGGAACAUUGCCAUUGCAGAUUGCGUAAAUAAGCGAGUUCAGUUGUUUGAUUCUAAGUGGAAAUAUUUAAGAGCGAUAGGAGACAAGGGGCCUGUUGCUGAAAGAAUAGGACAUCCAAGAUCAGUGGCAUUCACAGCAUCUGGUGACGUUGUGGUCAUUCAUUAUGAGGCUGGCCAACCAGGUGAAAUGUUCUUAUUUACUGAACAUGGUCAGUUUAUUAAACACACCGGUCAGUAUCUGAUUGAUCCAAAUAGCGUGUCUAUUAGAAGUGAUGGUCACAUGAUCGUUUGUGACUUAGGUGACAAGUCAGUCAAGGUACUCACCCCUGACGGUUCGGGACUAAAACAGUCCUUUAAUGCACUAGACUGUGAUUCUUCCCCGACGCAUGCCGUUUAUCACGAGGACAAGUUCUUUGUGUCCUAUGUAACGGCUAGCUGUGUGAAAGUGUUCAACAAACGAGGAGAGCUUCAGUAUGAUAUUGGCAGGGAGGGAUCUGGUGACGUACAGCUGAACCGUCCUGUUGGACUUACUAUUGACAGGUGUAAUAACCUGAUCGUUUGUGAUACUGGUAAAAGCAGAGUACGAGUGUUUUCUUUAGAUGGAACAUUAGUGAACUCGUUUAGUGAGGGAAUGGACUAUCCCCGCUUUGUCGCUGUUACCAAAGACAGUAAGUUGCUGAUUUCUGAUUUCCGUAAACAUGUAAUUCGUGUUUUUCAGUGAAAUGAUCAUUCAGGAGUUAAGAUAUUACGACGUAUAUUUUUAUUUACUCUGAUCUGAGUUGUUAAGGUGCUGUUUUUUUUUUUACGAAUUUUGGACGGCUUGAGGAUAAAUACAGAAGAUAAUAGAAAUUGUUAAUAUCUAGAGGCAGCUGUUAGGUUCUGUAUACAUUUUAUUUGAUAUCAUUUUUCAAAAUGAGUUUGUAAUGUUUUACCUGAUCAUGAACAUUCUUGUAAAAUAUAGCUCUUUUGUGUAUACCUUCUUGAAAGGCUUAUAGAAAGAUCUUGAUCAUUGAUACUUCUUCAUGCCCUGACAGCGUUUAGCAGAUUUGUUCGAAGACGUCGUGAGGCAAUCGAUUGUGCUGUUUGCACGCGUCUCAUGAGAAGUUUCUCUGCUUUCAUCCGGUGGGGUGACAGGAACUUAUCUCUCGCGAGUCUAAGUGUCUCUUAAUAUCAACAUGACAGAAGGAGGAGGCUUGUGUGACUAAGUCUGUUACAUUCAAACGAAU